CCAACCCAAUUCCUAGUCAUUUCGCCUAUACAUACAACUCAUUUUACAUUCUCUAUAUAUAAACAAAUUGUUGGUUUUCUGAGGAAGUAUGUUUAUCGUUAAAAAAAGAAGGGCAGCUUCUGCUUCUGCUUCUGCUUGUUUCAGAUUUCAUGAAAAUUUGAGUUGAAUUAUCAGAUAAUCUAAGAAAAGAAAGUUGAAGUAAAAUCCCAAAAAUGAGUGAAUCAGAAGCCAAAACACCCUUGAUCCCGCCCUCAUCUUCGCGAAAGCUUCCAGAUUUCAAACAAUCUGUGAAAUUGAAAUAUGUGAAGCUUGGAUACCAUUACCUCAUAACCCAUGGAAUGUUCCUGUUUCUGUCCCCUCUGGUGGCGGUUGUUGCGGCCCAGUUGUCUUCCUUUUCGUUCGAAGACCUUUGUGUUCUUUGGGAUCAUCUCAGAUUCAAUCUCAUAUCCGUUAUAGUAUGCUCGGCCCUCUUGGUUUUUCUAUCAACGGUGUAUUUCCUCACGCGCCCUCGCCCUGUAUACCUGGUGAAUUUCUCGUGUUAUAAGCCUGAAGAUGACAGGAAAUGCAGUAGGCAGGCUUUCAUGGAGAAAUCACUGAUGACUGGUUCGUUUGCUAAGGAAAAUAUCGAGUUCCAGACGAAGAUUCUUGAGAGGUCGGGACUUGGUGACUCGACUUAUCUCCCUGAUGCUGUGUUGAGGGUACCACCAAAUCCAUGUAUGGCAGAAGCUAGGAAAGAAGCUGAAACUGUAAUGUUUGGUGCCAUUGAUGAGCUUCUUUCCAAAACCCUUGUAAAACCAAAGGACAUCGGGAUUUUGAUUGUGAACUGCAGCCUGUUUAAUCCAACGCCUUCUUUGUCUGCUAUGGUUAUUAACCAUUACAAGCUCAGGGGAAACAUAGUUAGUUACAAUCUAGGUGGGAUGGGUUGCAGUGCUGGUUUGAUCUCGAUUGAUCUUGCAAAAGAUCUUCUACAAGUUCGUCCGAAUACUUAUGCUCUGGUAAUCAGCAUGGAGAAUAUUACACUGAAUUGGUAUUUUGGGAAUGAGAGAUCAAUGCUCGUAUCAAAUUGUCUUUUUCGGAUGGGAGGGGCUGCCAUUUUGCUGUCAAACAAAUCAUCUGAUCGCUCUCGAUCCAAGUAUCAAUUGGUCCAUACUGUUAGAACCCACAAAGGUUCAGACGAUAAAUGCUUUUCUUGUGUAACACAAUUGGAGGAUUCCAAUGGGAAAGUUGGGGUUUCUCUGUCGAAGGAUUUGAUGGCAGUAGCUGGUGAUGCUUUAAAGACAAAUAUUACAACUUUGGGUCCUCUUGUGCUCCCCAUGUCCGAACAGUUGCUUUUCUUUGCCACUUUGAUUGGGAGAAAGCUGCUUAAGAUGAAAUUGAAGCCUUAUAUCCCAGAUUUCAAAUUGGCUUUUGAACAUUUCUGUAUUCAUGCUGGUGGAAGAGCAGUGUUGGACGAACUAGAGAAAAACCUGCAGCUAUCCAAUUGGCACAUGGAGCCUUCAAGAAUGACACUUUAUCGAUUUGGUAAUACCUCAAGCAGCUCUCUUUGGUACGAAUUGGCGUAUUCAGAAGCCAAAGGAAGGAUUAAGAGGGGAGACAGGACAUGGCAGAUAGCUUUUGGUUCUGGGUUCAAAUGCAAUAGUGCAGUGUGGAAAGCUCUUAGGACUAUAAAUCCUGCCAAGGAGAAGAACCCGUGGAUAGAUGAAAUUCACAAGUUCCCUGUGGAGGUUCCGAAGGUCUCAGCUCUUUAACAUUUCAAGCUGAACUCCCUUCAUCUAGACUAUAUCGUUUGGUUGUGGUUCAUUAGUAAAUAAUUUCUUGUCUGUUUUAAGGCAAUGAUUCCAAGAAUGCCCUGUUUGCAUUCGUGGAGUUUUGCAGUUCUCAUUUGAAAAGUGUAAUUUGUAGUCAACCGGAGACGUCGUUCUUGGAGCCUCAUUUUGAGAUAUCGUGACCAGGAUUCUAUUACUGA